ACAGUAGCGGCAAAAAGUAUUUGUUUUACUAUUUUGUUUGUUUUAUGGUUUAUAUUUUGUCUAAGCUGCUAUGGUGUUUUUCACACAUAGUUCAAACUUCUUUCCAGCAUAUCAUCGCAUUUAUAUCUCUAGUACUAGUGGCCGAAAAUAAAUAUUCAGCCCUUGAUCAGGGGUUGAAAAGUAAACAUUUCUGUGUGUAUUUGGACGAAAAGUAGACAAUUCAGCAACAUUUGAAACAGCGACAUGAACGUAAAAACCAGAUCUUUUUGGCACGUUUCCCCGUUAUUUCCCUUUUGUUCACCUUUAUUUCCCCUUUAUUGUUUGGUUGUAGAUAAUCACUUCCUGCAUCAAGUACAGAAAAAUCCGCCUAUAAGUAAAGAUUCUGACAGAAAAUUGCGGAACUACGCAAUAAAGUGAUCGUGUCAUCUAUGGAAGUAUAGGGAAAGUCCACAGAACUUAUAAUUCUUUUGGUACUUUAAAUUGAGAUCAUGAAAAGUAACAAUUUAUUUUAUCAUAUAUCAUAUGAUAUACUUCAGUAAGAACAAAGCUGAGUAAGUCCCGCAGCAGAGAAAAAUGAUCUGCGUAACUUGUCCAAAAUUACACGUAGUGAUCAAUUUCUAUAUAUUAGUGUUACUGUUGUGUAGAUUUUCUUAACGCUUAACUCAUCCCCACGAUACUACUGGUGUAAGGUAGAUUAAACUAACAUCUGUUUUCGGCCCUACAUCUAAACUUAUUGGGUUCGUCGACCGCCUCAUUUUCUCAAGUCUCAUCAGGUCUCCUGUGUUAGUGUCUGAUAAAAUUCCAACGCGGAUUCCGAAAGCUUUAAUGACCUUCAUCAGCUUCCAUUAUUUUUGGUGCAAACGAAUUGUCUGUCUUGACUAAAGUAUGAAUAUACUGCCCAGUAGUUCCCUGUGUUCUGCUUUAUGACUAAAACUUGGCCUUUAAAACAGGACAUUCAAAGGGUAAAUACAGUGUAAAUGUAAAAGUUGAGGACUGAGAGUUGUUUCACAAGUUGUUUUUUAGUCGAGACAGAAUGUAGGUGGCUUAAUUGUAAAGGUUAUUUAAAAUGACCAUACUUGAUAAGUGGGAUAUUGUUAAUCAACAUGACUUGUCAUAUAGCAUGUAGUAUAUACUCUGUAAAACAUACGUCAUUGAGCAACUUGACAUCUACACAACAUUUUUGUCUUAUUUAUUUAGUUUUUGAAUGACAAUUAUGAUCAGACGAAAUAAUCUUGGUCUCUUCCUUUCGAAGAGUUAUUUCAAUUUCGAAGUAUCACUUCUCCAAAAAACUGUUGUUGUUAUACAUGGCGAUGACUUUAUUCAUUUUAUAUUGAAGAACGUAAUUGGUUUUAAAGAUAAUAAUCAUAAUGAGUUCCUUCUUUUCUCAAUGACGGCUUCUAAGUUGAUAAGCCAAGUACAAAUGUGUGACAUUCAACCACUCUUCAUUUUUGAUGGUUGCACUAAAGUUGGACAAAACCAAUCACGCUACAAUGAUCAGAUGUGGUCCAUAAUCAAUCGUUACAAAUCAUCAUUUGUGGAUGUGUUGUCGUUCUUUCAAAUAAAAUACAUGACAUCACUGUAUUCAGCUCAGUCUGAUGCUGCUUCAUUAUCCAUAUAUUUACAUUGUCCGUUUAUAGCAUCCAGUUAUGAUAUUUACUACAUGUUUCCUGCUCAAGCUACUAAAACUGAAGCAAAUAUUAUGCAAGAAUUAAUCUACGUCCCGAUCCAUCUCCUAGAUUUUUUUAGCUGCAAAGAUGAUGCUAUUAUUUUGUCUCAUGUUUUCCACCAAAAGUUUUCUCGUAUUUCGUCAGUUGUACCCCAUUUACGACCUUUAUUAAGUGUACUGUAUGCUGGGCGGUUCGAGGUACGUGCUAAUGUGUGUAAGCAGUUAAAAUAUAGUACGACAGAUUACUCCAACUACCCUAGUCCUCGUUUACAUGAAUGGUUUGUUCUAGUUAACUGGUUGGUAAAAUCAUCCAAUGUAAAUUAUGUUACACUUUAUGAGUAUGUUAUUCAAGCACAUCGUGCUGAAGAACGACAAAGUGUGACUGAGUAUCUUCUGGAUUGUAUUGCGGCUUUUAUGGAUAAUGUUCUAGAAAGUGGACUUGAAAUAGCAUCUCACUUUUGUUUAGUAAACUCCAGUUCCAAUGUACCUAAGGGUAGGCUGAUUGAGAUUAGUGAAGAAACUAAUGCUUCAGUAAGCUUACAACAUAUGGAUCGUCUGACCAAUCAACUCAACGCCAAACAGCCAAUAAAGUUCAAUUUUACUCAUGAUUGGCCUCGUAAUUUGACAGAACUGUAUCGAAAGGUUAAACUUUCUCCAGCUAUUAUUGAUGUUUUACACCACUCCAUUAGAAAACCGUUUCUGUCAGUUCAUUCUUACUCCGUCAAUUUACGCCUACUUGUCUACCGAAUUCUUUACGGAGUAGAGCAUUGUGCGGGUGUAAAACUAAAUCCAAAUAUAACUGAGUACACAUGGGUCGGUGAUGAUAUGUUAACCGAGCUCCCUCUCACAAUUAGUCCACUUCUUAUGAAUUCAAAUAAAAGUAAUUCAGUGGAUGAAAUAGUAAGCAGUCAGUUGAAUAUCCCUCUUCCGCAACACACACCCCAACCUGAUUGGAUUUUUACUUUGGCUAUAACUUUAGCAUUUUGGCAUCAACAACAUAUCAAUAAUACUGACGAAGGCCAUGAACGUCAUUUCGAAAAUUCCCCAAUUGGUUUAGCUAUUGCAACUUGUGUUGUAGUCAAUGUUUUCAAUAUUGAUUUCAUGAGUAGCAAUCUACAUGAACAUUACACACGGUGGAUUGACUUCAUCAGAAACGAAAUAUCACUUGCUUCUGAACGUGCUUCGUCACUAAAUCAGUCUCCAUCAUCUUGUACGAAAUCUGUUACGGAACAAAACUUAUCAAACCUAAUCGCUGUUCAACAUAUCUACAACGAAUUGCAAACCGUUGUCUCAUUACUAAACUGUUUAGCAGGGGAUGAGAAUAAGUCUAAAUUAUUUAAUUUUCUGCCUUGUUGGGUUUUGUUUCCUUCUUUUCAUCUAGUAGAUUGUCUUUCUCAUCAUUUAGACAAUCAGUUGCCCUCUAUUCGAUUAAUUCAUGUAACAAGUUACUGGAUACCUCGAUUAUAUUGUGCUAAAAGAUCUAACAAUCUGAUAACUGAUCUUAUCAACAUUUUUAAACGCUUGGUUAAUACUGUUACGCUGCUUUCUGCAUCAUCUUUAUUUAAUCUGAAACCUAGUAGUAUGACUAGGAGAAGUGAACAACGUGCUCCUUUAUCAGAAUUCACUAACACCAUUCCGGUCAAUAAUGUUAACUGUAAUGAUUCGAUGUUUCACAACAUUAAACUGACUUCAGUAUUAUCUGAUCGUAAAAUUAGCAGUGUACUUGGCAAACAUCUGGAUAAACAAGUGAUUGACAGGUUUCUCUGUGAUUUGACCGAGAAACAAAAUGUUGCGUGAUUGUUUCUUUUAACGUGUUUUUAUUUUCCUAUUUUGACUACUUCAUUCACUUUCCAUCCUGCAUAACCUACUUGCAAAUUAUUAGUGCUUGUGAAUAUUUACUGAAAAAUUAACAUCAUUGUUUACGAUUGAUGUAUGCAUUACAUAUAAAUUUUCCCACUUAUCAGUGAAUUUAUUAAAGAUUAGUGUUACUACGUUAAGGUUGUAAGUAGCUGACGAGAAACCGUGAAAUAUGAUGAAUUCAUGUUAUUCUGCUACAUUGAUUGUUCUUGCUUUAGUCAUAUAAUGUAACAAUCACAAACUAUGAUUAUCAGCGAAGUCGUUUUGUACAAACGUUUACAUUUGAUUCUUAAUUUCUCCAAAUAUUAGUUUUCUUAUUGUUACUUAUUUGGCAAAAUGAAACUAAUUUUGUAUCUUCUUCCCAUAAUUUUAAAUAACUCGAAAUACCACUAGUUUUUCUGAGAUUAUUUUGUUAGCGGGAUAUAGAUUGGAUUAAGACAUAUUUUGUGCAGGAUUGUAUUAGGCCACACUGAUUGGCUAUUUCCUAACCCAUCGGCACCACUGGGUACUUGGAGAGUGCUCUAGAAUCUUCUCAUGUAAAAACUAUAAAUGUACUAACGUUUUUCUUAUCGUGAUUCCUACUUCCAUCCAAACCUUGGAAUCCACUGCUCGUGUUCACACGCUCUUUCAAGUACUUCAUGUAAUGCAGUUGCCAGCAGCAUCCCAGGAUUCAACUAUAACCCCGAAAGUGGAAACACCUUUGUCAUGGGGUUCAAUCGUUGGGAAGAUACAUUCAGAAUCUUGAUACAAAAUGCUUGACAUUUAUAUAUGUAAACAGACUAUUUGAAAUAUAUAGCGCAAAUACAUCACAAUUUUCAGAUCAGCUACGUCUUCUCAUUGCUUUAUCGAAACUUAUAAAAGGAAAUAAUUGCUUCAAAGAAACCAUGGAUCUCCGAUAUAGAUGAUUUUAAAUAUAUCCAUCAGGAAGCAUCAGUUCUCUCGGGUUUACAGGUGCACCUUAAUGACGAGUGCCAAAUAGCACGAAAUCUAGGUCAUGGGUUUCCUGUCGACUACCACCAACCACCCUCUCAUCUUAACAUAUUACACGCGACGUUAAGUCACCGAGACUAGUACCCAUAUUGCAACGUGGUCGGUAGGAUUCGAUCUGCACUGAAGAGUUCAUAACAUCGGGCACUACUUAGUAAUCAAUCAAUUACAAUCUAAAUGUAUUUUGACCAAUGCGGGGAGAAAAAUUAACUUAUGUUAUAUCACUGAGUGUAGAUCAAAAUAUACUGUUAAGCUUGAAAUUCUGUGACUUUGUGGCGUGAAAAUUUUGGUGUUAUUUACUGCUAAAAUGGGAACAAAGAUUUCAGCAAAGUUUUAUUAUGAUAUACAUGUAGAACAUUUGGCUAGAAUGUACUCAUGUGACAGUCCAGUGUAUCAUUAUAAGCGUACCCUUUACUUUGCACCUACGCAUACGAAUAAUAAUAAUUCCUUGUUCAUAUACCAUUAUUGUAUCCUGUUUGUGGAAUAUAAUUAUACCAUUGUGUAUUUCCCUAAUUACUCCGUUCAAUUUUGUAUUAUAUUACAUCUUCCAUUUGGAUAUGUGUACUUACUAAGCAUCCGUUUAUCUACCAGUGAUUCCGUUAUAUUGUAGUGCAUGCUACUUAUGCUGACAGAUAUAAGUAGUAUGUAGCAGUAACAGGAGAUGUGAUUUACUGAAACAAGAAGUAAAAUAGGUAGCAAAUGAAGUAACAACAGAAUUGAAAGAACAACUGAAGGAACAUGUGUGAAUAAUGUAUUUAAUGUAUGAUUUUCAUACAUUAUAAAGGCACUCUGUAAUUUCGCGUUAAAUAAUAAAUUGGUUUUUC